AUGAAUUCAAUGAACAUAACUUCGACUGUAACACAAGAUUUAUCGAAUAAUGAAUGGACUUGGUCAUUGAGAUCAAUUAUUGUCCUUACAAUAUGUGGUCUAAUUACAAUAUUGACAAUAUUAGGAAAUGGUCUGGUAUUAAUUUCAGUUAAACUUCGCUUUCAUGCUCGAUCUUAUUCUGAUUAUUUUAUUGUGAGUUUAUGUUUAGCAGAUUUUUUUGUUGGCCUCUUUGUUAUGCCAUUUAUGACAAUACAUUCAGUUUAUUUACGUUGGCCAUUUCAUUAUCGUCUUUGUUAUAUAUGGAUGUCAAUUGAUUUUACUUGUUCAACAGCAUCUUUUUUAACACUUGCUUCAAUGGCCUUAGAUAGAUAUUAUGCACUUACUAGUACACCAUAUUUUCAUUUACGUAAUCGAUCAUAUUCAUCAGUAUUAAUUUUUAUUAUAAGUUCAUGGGUUAUACCUUUUGCUAUAUGGCCAUGUUCAAUAUUUCUUGCACAUCAGUUUAGUUCAACGAAACCAGAAUGUGUUCAUCCAGCACAUCCAUUUAUUAUUGUUAUAUUAUGUACAUGUUUUUAUUAUGUUCCUCUUUUAUUUAUGCUUGCUUGUUAUUCAAGAAUUAUAGUUAAUAUUAAAAAUAUUGAAGUUAUGAUCAAAGAUACAUGGAGUACAUUUAAAUUCGAUCCUGUUGAUCAAGAUUAUAAAUCAUCAUCAACAACAACAAAUAAUGAUUAUGGUGGUACGAUAUCUAAUGAUAAUAAUAGUCAUAAAAUAACAUCAUCAUCACCAUCGGAUACAACAUUAUGUUCAUAUGUUUUACGAUAUUUUCAACGAAAUUCUGCAAAACGAUCUAUGCAAAAUUCACAAAUAUCGAGAAAUGAAGGUUUAUAUUUUGCACAAAAUAUAACAGCUACUUGUCAAAUUAGACGAGGAACCAUAGUUAAUAAUGGAAUAAUAUCUAAUACAUUAUCACCGAUGCCUAUUCAUCGUUCUAAUCGACAAACAACAACAGCAACUUUUACAGGACAAAAACGUUGUCUAAAUGAACUUAUUGAAGAUAAUCGUUCAAAACCGGAUUUAUUAACUAGUCAAGAAGAAGAACAAAUUGUUCGUACACGUCUCAGUAGUCGUACAUCAUCUUUACCGGGUGCUCGUUGUAUAUCAUAUUAUUAUUAUCAAAAUCAAAUACCAUCUCAAACAAGAGUAAUCGAUGAACAAUAUCGUUCAAGAAUAAAUUCUUUAACAAAUGAACGAAGUCGUUCACAAUCACAUUCAUCUAGUCAAGGUAAUGGUAAUGGUGGUCUUGUAACAACAGAUAUAUCUGAUCAUAGUUCAUCAUUUGAAAAUGUUCUUGAUGAUGAACAUCGUCGUUUAAAUCGACGUAAUCAACCAUCACAUUUAUCAGCAUCAUAUAAUUCAAGUCGUUAUAGUCAACGUGCUGUUGCUAAAUUUAUGCAUGAAAGAAAUAAAGCAAGAUUAAGACGAAAUCAAAAAGCAAGUCGAAUGCUUGGUAUUUUACUUGCUGUCUUUCUUAUUUGUUGGCUUCCGUUUACAAUAUCUUAUCCAGCAAUGAUAUUUUAUCGAAGUCAAUUUCCUUCUCAACUUGAAAGUAUUAUAUUCUGGUUUGGCUAUGUUAAUUCUUUACUCAAUCCUUUUUUAUAUGUAUACAGUUCACGUACUUUUCGUCAAGCUAUUGUUGAAACACUAUGUUGUUUUACUCGAUUAAGAUCAAGACAACAUUUACGAUACCAAUGGUCACUUCGUGAUUAA